UAAAAACGCGAGACUUCACCGAGAGACAGACCUCAGUUUUCAACAUGGCAGGCAAGAAGUUGGAGCUAGAGGGGAAAAUUUGUAUUAUUUGCUUUUUUUGUGGACUCGGUGUUCUUUUUGUUCCUUUAAUUGCAUCAGUAGCAUCGAAUAUAGACUGGGUUUUCGACUAUUUAACGGGAUUUAAUGGUAAGAUUGCUAGCCUUGUGUAUAUUACAGUAAUCAACGGCUUCCUGCUACUCAUAUACAAGGGACCUCUAUACAAGGUCGCCGUGCGCGCAUGCUUUCUCGGAUUUACCUUUGGAUGUGGGGUAAUAAUAAGUUGUUCAGACACAACAUGGACACACUUUGGAUGGUACAUGUGUUCACUAGCCUUCUUCCACUAUUCGGAGUACUUAGUCACUGCGAUCAUCAACCCACGCAGUCUCUCGCUAGACUCCUUCCUUCUGAAUCACAGUGUGGAAUACACUGUGGCGGCUGUGUCUUCGUGGGUGGAAUUCAUAGUAGAGAAGCUACUAUUUCCAGAUGUUAAACAGCUGGGCUGGCUCAGCGUACUGGGACUGUUUAUGGUUGUGUUGGGCGAAUGCCUGAGGAAGAUGGCCAUGUUCACAGCAGGCUCCAACUUCAACCACAUCGUCCAGAAUGAGAAGUCCCAGAGCCACAUCCUGGUCACCAGUGGUGUCUACGCAUUCUUCAGACACCCGUCCUAUGUAGGCUGGUUCUACUGGAGUAUCGGCACACAGGUGAUGCUGUGCAACCCUGUGUGCAUCAUUGGCUACACGUUAGCCAGCUGGCGCUUCUUCCGGGAACGCAUUGAGGAGGAGGAGAUCUCCCUCAUCCACUUCUUCGGAGAGGACUACAUCCAGUACAAGCGGAAGGUGGCCUCCGGCUUGCCGUUCAUCGGGGGCAUAAGGAUGGGCUCCUAAUGCAUGGACUAGCAGGGCUGGAUGAGAUCCUGGGACAUGCACAUUGUAGGACAUCACUGACAGGCACCGUGAGAGAGCUGGCUGCCCGGUGAUGUUCUGGCUUUGCCCAGGGUUCCCCCCUCCUGGGAUGGGACCUGGGUCACAGCAUAAGGCAACCAGCACGAAAGCGAUUCCCCUCUGGGACAAUGGUCUGCUCGGCGGAGGCCUAAUUCUCCACCACCCCACCCCCGUCAUACCUCUCCCUGUGCACAACACGACACACAACACCGCCUGGACUUAACACCUUCCAAUACAAAGUGUCUUAACACCCAUUUGUGUCAUCACCCCUGGUACUGUACAUGUUAAUCCCCAUCUCUCUCUCUCUCUCUCUCUCUCUC